AUGCCCGGCGACUACGACAUAGAAUAUGCUUCGCCCUGGGCGGGUGCGAACUAUCAGCCCUUUGGAAAGCAUGGAACGCACGCCGCUGAAUAUGAGCGAGACUCGUGGCCAGAGCUGAGCAGACUGGCCCAUGAUGCUCCAGAGGCUGGUAUUCACUUUCAGCCAACAAAGCUGUUCCGAAGAUCGAAAGACGUCGGCUCUGCAACCGGGGACUGGUUUGCUGAGCUGAUGCGGGAAGACGCAUGGUUCAAAGACGUCGUACCCAACUUCAAAGUCAUGACCAAAGCAGACGUUCCAGCCGGCAUGGACGGAGGAACAUCAUUCACUUCCGUAUGCAUUAACACCUCACUCUACCUCCCCUGGCUCGCCUCUCGGUGCCUCAAACACGGCGUCAAGCUCCGUCGAGGCAUCGCCACUCACAUUGUCCAUGCAGCGAGCAUGCACCAUUCCGGCAAGCGUGCAGAUCUGGUCAUCAAUUGCACCGGCCUCUCCUCCCACGCCCUCGGCGGCGUAGAAGACAAAGCACUCUACCCCGGCCGCGGCCAGAUCGUCGUCGUCCGCAGCGAUCCAGGCUACAUGUGCUCUGCCUCCGGCACCGACGACGGCCCGGACGAGGCGACAUACAUCAUGUCCCGCGCAGCAGGUGGAGGCUGUAUAUUAGGCGGCUGCAUGCAGAAGGGUAACUGGGAGAGCCAGCCUGAUCCAAACCUCGCCACUCGCAUAAUGAAGCGCGCUGUGGAUCUGUGUCCGGAGCUGGUGCCUGCAGGGAAGGGCAUUGAGGCGCUGAGUGUUGUCCGGCAUGGUGUUGGGUUGAGGCCGAUGCGGGAGGGUAGUAUCCGGGUGGAGAAGGAGGUCAUCGAGGGUGUGCCUGUGGUGCAUAACUAUGGGCACGGAGGGUAUGGAUAUCAGACGUCGUAUGGGUGUGCUGCGGCGGUUGAGAAGCUGGUCAAGGAGGCUUUGCAGGAACGUGCGAGGCUGUGA